AUGGAUGAUCUAAUUGAGUUCUUGCGACAGAGGAAUGUUCCAGAGGAAACAAUUGAGACACUGGAACAAGAAAAGAUUGAUGCCAGUGUCAUCGAACUAAUGACAGAUGAGCAGCUAAAGACAUACUUUCCAUCUUACGGUGAUCGUUUGGCCAUUUUGGGAUUUUGCAGACAGAAAGCCAGUUACAGGAAUGACCCCAAUAACAGAAAAUCAAAACUUUUUGAGCGAUUGAAAUCUAAAUUAUCCAAAAAACGUAAGUGUGAUGAUUCUGUCACAACAAGUCAACAACACAAAAUAAGGAAUGCUCAAAAGACUAUGAGAAAGGUAGAAUUAGGAUGGAUGAAUUAUGAAGCAGAAAAUGACAUCUUCAGACAAGUGAGAACAAGAAAGGGUGGUGGUACACGAAAAGUAGAUGUCUCCAAAGAAUCCAAGAAACCAGAUUUGAUUCAGCAAGCAGUCAAGCUGUUUUUUGCAGAUGGAAAAAGCGCUGAGGGAGACAUCACUGAGUUUGAGGUAGAUUUAAAGGAUUACAAAGAAAUGUCUGUGGAUGAAGACGUUACAGUUGGAAAACUCUAUGCAGACACCAAGUUGCCACUUUUACGGUUCUAUCUCACAACUAAGAAAAAAAGUAACUUGGGCUCACAUGUGCAACAGGAAAGUGAUGUGGCUCUGACUACACAAGAACUGACCAGCUCCCCAACAACGAUGCCAGCGGAAAGAUCUGAAAAUACAGAUGUGAUUUACAUCGGGAGCACCAUCGAACCAGAGAUGCCUUAUUCCACAGAGAUACAUUCCUCCAACCUAGAUGGCAAUGCUUUGGAUGACAGCAACACUAUCACAUUUGUCACUGAAGACAUUUUUAAUGUGGAGGACCAAAGUUUGGAUGAUACAUUACCUGUCUGUAAGAAAAAUAAAAGGAUCUUAGUUGUCCAUCGCGGUCAUGUCCUCCCAGAACUCAUUGCUCAUUUUUUGGAUGAAAGUGUGUUCGGGUGUGAAAUAAAAAUUCAACUUAUUGCACCAGAUGGAAAACUUGAGAAGGGCCAUGAUGAAGGAGGAGUUGUGAGAGACUGUCUUUCUGAGUUCUGGAAUGAGUUUUAUGAACAGUGCACUAUGGGCAGCUCUUUCAAGGUGCCUUUCCUUCGGCAUGAUUUUGGGCAAAUACACUGGGAAAGUGUAGGCCGUAUAAUUGUCUUUGGAUGGCAAAAGGAAAAAUAUCUUCCUGUAAAAAUAGCUCCAGUAAUCCUGGAGCAGGCUGCUUUUGGAAGUGCUAAAAGCAAUGUCAUCGAGAAUUUCCUGAAAUUUGUUCCAGAGUCAGAACGAGCAGUCUUUGAAGCAUGGCAAUCUGACUUCAACACUGUGGACAACAAAGAACUACUUGAAGUUUUGGAUGGCCAUAGCUGUCGUAAAACACCAACAGAGGACAAUGCAGAGGAAAUAUUACAAGAACUUGCCCACAAAAAACUCAUCCAAGAGCCUGCCUAUGUCAUCGAGCAGUGGGCAAGCAUACUUUCCACUGCUAUCAGCCAUCUUGAUGAAAUCUCCUCUGUGUAUGAAAACUUGCAGCCCACUGUGAGAAAAGUUCUGAAGUCACUUUCUUUCCCAGAAAACAUGAAUGCCCAGCAGAGGGAGAUUCAGAGGUAUUUAACCACUUACCUUCGGGAAUCUGACACACCGGGUCUGUCACGGUUUCUCAGAUUCUGCACUGGUUCUGAUCUUUUUCUGGGAAAAACUAUCAUCAUUAUGUUUACACUGAUUCAAGGAUUCCAACGACGCCCAGUUGCACACACAUGUGGAUGUAUCCUGGAGCUGUCAGUUUUCUAUGACAGUUAUCCUGAUUUCAGAUCCGAAAUUAACAAAGUCUUAGAAUGCAAUGUGUGGGUGAUGGACAUUAUCUAA